UAGAAUUUUAUAAAAGAAAACAGCCCGCCCACUCAUCGCAUCACAACACCAGCAAAGCUUAAUUAAUAUUAGAAUUGGUGGUGCAAUACAUAAGUAAUUUUCAACUUACUAGCAUUCAUAAUAAAAGUCAUAUAAUACAUUAAACACAUACAUAAAUACAAUAGGGCAAAACAAACUACAACCCAGGCUAACGGCAGCAAACUUUAAUCAAACAACAAAGAAAACAACAACUAUUGGCUUAUCAGUUGCACACGCACACAACACAGAACGCAGUGACAUUUUUUUGUAGAUUCUGUGACGUGUCCAACUUACGGCGUUUACAAUGUGCGGGUCUCCAAACACAGCUGCCGGCACAACCGCCAGAGCGCUUAUUCUGGUAGGUGGCUAUGGCACACGUUUGCGUCCAUUAACGCUGAGCACUCCCAAGCCGCUGGUAGAAUUUGCCAACAAGCCAAUACUGCUUCAUCAGCUGGAAGCACUUGUGGAUGCAGGCUGCCGUCAGGUUAUUUUGGCGGUUAGCUAUCGUGCUGAGCAAAUGGAACAAGAGCUAAAAGUGGAGGCAGACAAACUAGGCGUGGAGCUUAUAUUUUCACACGAAAGCGAACCUUUGGGUACUGCUGGGCCACUGGCAUUAGCCAAACCUAUACUUUCUGCCAGUGCAGAGCCAUUCUUUGUGCUCAAUUCAGAUGUUAUUUGUGAUUUUCCGUUCAAGCAGCUUAUGCAGUUUCAUCGCAAUCAUGGCAAAGAAGGCACCAUUGUCGUAACCAAAGUGGAGGAACCCUCUAAGUAUGGCGUUGUGCUCUACGAUGAAUUGGGCUGUAUUAAAAACUUUAUCGAAAAGCCACAAGAAUUUGUUAGCAACAAAAUCAAUGCAGGCAUCUAUAUAUUUAAUCCCUCAGUGCUGGAACGCAUUGAGGUAAAGCCGACGUCCAUAGAGAAGGAGGUAUUUCCUGCCAUGGCAGAGGAGCAGCAGCUCUUUGCAAUGGAUCUCACCGGCUUCUGGAUGGAUAUAGGACAGCCCAAAGACUUUUUAACAGGCAUGUGCCUUUAUCUUAGCUCGCUGCGACAGAAGCAACCAGCCAAGCUGUACACAGGUCCUGGUGUUGUGGGCAAUGUGCUUGUGGAUCCGACUGCCAAAAUAGGUGAAGGGUGUCGUAUUGGACCAAAUGUAACCAUUGGCCCCGACGUGGUCAUUGAGGAUGGUGUCUGCAUUAAACGCUCAACGAUACUUAAAGGGGCCAUAGUGCGCUCGCAUUCCUGGCUAGACUCCUGCAUUGUGGGAUGGCGUUCAACUGUCGGCCGCUGGGUCCGCAUUGAAGGUAUAACGGUGUUGGGCGAGGAUGUCAUUGUCAAGGAUGAGCUUUAUGUAAAUGGCGGUCAAGUGCUGCCACACAAGAGCAUUGCGGCCAGUGUACCUGAGCCGCAAAUAAUAAUGUGAAGUAUCGAGUACCCAAUGAAUUGUAAAUAUAAUUUAUUUGUUUUAAAUUAAUUUUGGUAUUCGCAUCAACAAUUGCCUUGUGUUUGAACAUUUCCAUUGAUAGCAUUGCAAAAAAAAGCAAGUUUAUGCAUUUUGACCAAAACUUUUCCAUAAAAGCAAACAAUAGGUUUUAUAUAAAUUUA